AUGGCCCUGGGUAAGAGACAAUCCCUGCUACGCGCUCUGGCGCCGUUCCGCGGCGGCGAGUGCGCGUGCUAUUCGCUCAAACCCGAUACCUCGUCACAAAUCGAGGGCGGAGCGGAAAACGCUGCCUUGUCUCGGUGCGCUCUGCUGAAGCUGGGAAGUCCAGCUGUGCCACACCGGGCUACCACUCGAAGCGGCCUAGUGUGUGGCUCGGGUGGCCCUUGCCGAGCUCGCCGGGCUCUCCACAACCAAGUCGCAAAAGAGUACGAGCCCAAAGGGAGCCUGAGACCUGGCAACACUCGACGGCUCUAG